AUGAAGUUAGUUGACCACGUUGUUCGAAGUUUUAAGGUAGCGAAAGUAUUCCGAGAAAAUACGGAUAAGAUAAGUAGCAUUGACUUUUCAUCGAGUGGAGACACAUUGAUUUCUUGCAGUGAGGAUGAUCAAAUUGUGAUAUAUGAUUGUGAGAAGGGGACGCAGGUGAGAACAGUGAACAGCAAGAAAUAUGGAGUUGAUCUCAUUCAUUUUACGCAUGCUAAAAACACAGCAAUUCACAGUUCCACUAAAGUAGAUGAUACUAUACGAUAUUUAUCCCUUCAUGACAAUAAGUACAUUCGUUACUUUCCGGGACAUACGAAGAAAGUUGUCUCGCUAUGCAUAUCACCUGUGGAAGAUACUUUUCUCUCAGGUUCGUUGGACAAAACAUUGCGGUUGUGGGAUCUUAGGUCACCGAACUGCCAAGGACUUAUGCAUCUGCCGGGAAGACCAGUUGCAGCAUACGAUCCUGAAGGACUCAUCUUUGCAGCUGGAAUAAACUCUGAACACAUUAAACUGUACGAUUUAAGGUCAUUCGAUAAAGGGCCAUUCAUAACUUUUAAACUAAGUCAAGAAAAGGAGUGUGACUGGACUGGACUAAAAUUUAGUCGUGAUGGGAAAACAAUUUUGAUAUCUACAAAUGGGUCAGUUAUCCGACUGAUUGAUGCCUUCUACGGGACACCGUUGCAGACGUUUACCGGUCAUUUAAACAACAAAGGAAUACCCAUAGAAGCGUCUUACAGUCCAGACUCGCAGUUUAUUUUCAGUGGUUCGACGGAUGGCAGAGUUCAUGUGUGGAACACAGAUACUGGGUAUAAAGUUUGUGUCCUUAAUGCAGAUCACCCGGCUCCUGUCCAGUGCGUGCAAUUCAACCCGAAGUACAUGAUGCUUGCUUCUGCGUGCACAAAUAUGGCAUUUUGGCUUCCAACAAUCGAUGAAAAUUCUUGA